CCACAUGCACAACAUUCACAGAGUUCAACAAUGAUGUCAUAAAAUGAAACCUAAUAUAAAUCCUAACACGGUUUUUUUAUACCCACAUGAAAAAUAUGUGAUAUGGACGAGAUUUGAACUGAGAUUAGAAUGAUACCAAUGACCCUAUAUUGAACUUUUCUUUGCAACUUUGAACGUCACAUUAUUUUCAUGUGUCACUGGGACUUUAUCUUGAUCACUGAUGAUUAAUAGUGUAAUUAGACAUAGCUGUACGCGUUGGUCACCGAAAAGCAUUUAAGAAAUGGGUACAUCGUCCAGCAGAGAUGCCGCGCUUGAACAGGCUUCGGAAAGAUUAGAAGAAGCCCAGUUGAGGAAAGUUGAACAAUUGUUUGAAAAAUUGUCCACAAGUGAUGCUCUGGACAGACAGAAAUUUAAGGAUCAUUUUUCAAACUACUUCCCGGAGAAUUUCACCGAUCGUAUUUUUAAUGGAAUGUCCAAUUUCCAAUCAGGAAAACUUGUUGAGAGUGUUGUGGUAAAGAAGCGCGACUUUAUCAUGUAUGCUUCGUGUGUUCUGAAAGGUUUCGUCAACGAAAAAGCUGAGGUCUUUCAUAAACUCUCAUUGUUAAACAAUGAACAAACUUUACGCUCAUUAAGAGAAAUGUGUAACAUAUUUCUUAAAGCAUAUAUCAAUGCAAUAAAAGAAUCAAGUUUAGGAGAUCCUUACAUGAAUGCAGGCUUCAAUGAAGAAGGAAACCUACGAUUUGUUGUCAAGUUGACAGACUCUAUUCCUCCAGAAAAACAAAAUCAGUUCACUACAGAUGAUUUGGAAUCAUGGUUACGUAAGGAAGUUUUAGUGAUGCGGAUAUUUGAAGAGGUUUUCAAAGCUUGUUUUCUUGGAGCUGAAAGUGUUUUAAAUAUCCGUAAACAUGGAAGUAUUGUCAGAUCAGACACACUUUUACCCCAUCAGUUGAAAUACAAUGGACAUCAUGAGAUCAACACCAUUAUUGACAUUCCUUCAAUGCUCAUCUUAAACCAUGCAGUUCCCCAAGAUUGUCGUCAGAACUGGCGGCUACUGUUUGCAACAUCCUGUCAUGGCAAAAGCUUUACAACAUUUCUUCAUCGCAUCGUUUAUCAAGGUGCAACAAUUUUGAUUGUAAAAGACACUGGUGGUUACAUAUUUGGAGGAUUUGCAUCCACUAGUUGGAAGGUUAAGUCAUCAUUUAAAGGUGAUGAACAUUGUUUUCUAUUUCAAUUGAAGCCAACAAUGGCGAUUUAUUUACCAACUAAUUUUAAUGAAAAUUAUAUGUACCUUAAUGUUGGGAUGAAGACAUUGCCCAAUGGUUUGGGUAUGGGAGGGCAACUUGAAUAUUUUGGCUUUUGGUUGGAUUCGGAAUUUGGACCAGGUCACAGCAUGGCUCGUCCCAAGUCAACAACUUAUGGCAAUCCACAGUUAUCAUCAUCAGAGAAAUUUGAAGUUGAAGAAAUUGAAGUAUGGGGUGUUGGAACACCUCCAGAACAAGAGGAACGCGAAAGAAGUGUUUUGGACCGGGAAACAGAUGCACAAGCUAUUUUGGAUUUGAUUGGAAAGGAAAGACAAAGUGAAGGAUUUCGAGAACCAGAAAGUGAAGAUUAAUGAAUUAGACAUCCACACAAAAAAAUGCUUUCUUUCAUAGUCUUAAAAUACUAAAUAAGUAUUUAAUUUGGUUUGAAUUUAUUUAUAAUGUAAUGUGAAUGAAGGUAGCUAUGCAUAUGGGCAUCAUUAAAGUAAUUUGUCUAAUACUCUUUCCUUCAACAUAA